AUGCAGAGCAUGAGUCGAGUCGCCCAGAGCAGAGCUCUUCUAGUCAGCUUCAGCCUGCUGCUUAUAGCAAAUGGAGUGAGCGGUCUAGUAGGCUCUGGGUUGAGCAACUAUUCGUUUCCAGCCAGUUUCAUGUUUGGAGUUGCAACGGCUGCAUUUCAAAUAGAAGGAGGGUGGAAUGAUGGAGGCAAAGGUGAAAGUAUGUGGGACACAUACAUACACAAGCAUCCCGAGUUUACGCUGGACAAGUCAAACGGCGAUGUAGCUGCGGACUCGUACCACAAAUAUAAGAAGGAUAUCAUUAUGGUGGAAUCCCUUGGCGUGGAGUACUAUCGGCUGUCCAUUUCAUGGCCACGGAUAUUACCAAAGGGAACGGACAAUUACAUAAAUAAGGAAGGCGUUAAAUACUAUCGGAAGAUUUUUGAAGGGCUCGUAAAAGCCAAUAUAACUCCUGUGGUAACUCUGUUCCACUGGGACCUGCCCACAUCUCUCAUGGACUUAGGAGGCUGGAGCAACCCCAGAAUGGUUGAUUACUUCGAGGAUUACGCACGAGUAGCUUUCACUUUAUUCGGAGAUAUUGUCAAAAUUUGGACCACAAUGAACGAACCACAUAUUCAUUGCUAUCAGGGCUACGGUAAAGACGUAUUCGUGCCAGCAAUAAAGAUUCAUGGAAUCGCGGAAUAUUUAUGUUCCCACUACAUGCUGUUGGGACACGCUCGAGCUUAUCACCUGUAUGAUAAAAAAUUCAGACCACACCAAAAAGGAAGAAUCGGAAUAACUUUAGAUGCUUUUUACGCGGAGCCUAAAGAUGAAAAUAAUCCAGAUGAUCUUGCUGCCGCUGAACGUUAUCUGCAAAUGCGGGUAGGUUUGUACGCGCAUCCGAUUUAUUCAGAAAAGGGUAACUAUCCGGAUUCAGUCCGUGAAAGGAUCGAUAAUAUGAGCAUAAGCCAAGGAUACGCACGGUCACGACUACCGGUUUUUACUCCGCAGGAGGUGGAAAUGGUAAAAGGAACUUCAGAUUUCUUCGGGCUGAAUCAUUACACAUCUUUUCUGAUGUCUUCCUCGUCGAUGGAGAAGGGUUGGGCUGUGCCCUCAAUAGAUCAUGAUACGGGUGUGAAGAUGGAACAACAUCCGAGCUGGCCAAUACCUGGGGCUGAUUGGUUGGCGGUUCACCCGCCAGGAUUCCGAAAAGUUCUUAAUUGGAUAACGAAGAACUAUGGUACGAAAAUUCCCAUAGUUGUUACGGAGAAUGGAAUGUCAGAUUUUGGUGGACUCAAUGACUACGAGCGAGUUUCGUAUUAUAACAGAUAUUUGGAGCAACUGCUUUUAGCAAUGCACGAAGACGGGUGUAACAUUGCUGGUUAUUUUGCGUGGACCUUAAUGGACGACUUUGAAUGGAGUGAUGGUUACAGAGUGAAAUUCGGCCUGUUCCACGUCGAUUUCAAAAGUCCAGAGAAGACGCGGACACCCAAACUCUCUGCGAUUAACUUCCGUGAAAUAGUCCGAACAAGAAGGAUUAACUUUAAUUACAUAAAAAUACCUUCAUAUAAAUAUCAUCAGUUAUUAUAACAUCGGAUAAUGUUUAGUAUAUUUAUAAAAGUGAUAAUAAUUGUUGAUAAUUUAUAUUGUGAUAAUAAUAAUAAUUGUAAAUAUGUUUGUUAAUACACUCGUUAUGUUUGA